AUGUGCGGCCAUGUUAUGCGCGGUCGUUUCGCUCCCCGCUGCCCUGAUGGUGACAUGGACUUCACCACGGCCUGGGCUCCUGAGCUCCGCAUCCCGGUCCUGAUUCUCAUCACUCUUUUCUUCAUGUGGAUGCACCCUGCCGUUGCCGACACUGUCAAGCGGAUCGUCUGGGUUGUGGUCAAACCCUUUGCGCUCGUUGUUGGCUGGGCCACUGUCGCCGUGGUCCGCUUUCUCAUAUUUCUCUUCAUCGAUGGCCCCAAGAUUAUUACCAUUCUCCUUACUCCUGCCGUUCGAGAGGACGUUGACUUUCUUGGUUUCGACGCCAAGAGCAUCACCAAGCUUAACGCCAUCUGGAGCCGCCUCCAUGACGAAGAUGACCAGCAUGUCCCCGGCGGCGUCUUUGACAAGAAGUAUAAGCCGUACCUCCCUUCAACCAAGAUGAAGCUCUCUGGGGGUCGACAGCGCAAGGCUCUUGCUCGCAACCGCGGCAUCUCCUGCUAA